AUGGUAAUAACAGCAGAUAAUAGAGGAUUGAUUAAAGGGGAUAAGCUGGUGUUAAGGGGUCUUAAGUUCCAUGGGUUCCAUGGAGUGAAGUCCGAGGAGAGGAAAUUAGGGCAGAAGUUCUUGAUCGAUGUGGAUGCUUGGAUGGAUCUUCAAGCUGCCGGAAUUUCCGAUUCUCUCUCAGAUACCAUAAGCUACACGGCCAUAUAUAGGCAAGCGAUUAGAGAAAUUGUGGAGGGGACUCCACAUAACCUUCUGGAAUCCGUGGCUCAUACGAUUGCAUCAGCAGUGUUGAGCAAAUAUGCGCAGGUCUCGGCUGUGCGUGUGCAGGUGGGGAAGCCUCAUGUGGCCGUGCUAGGGCAGGUUGACUACUUAGGAGUCGAGAUUACCAGACAACGCGAAUCUGGUUGA